GUUGGAGAUACACAGAGGGAGGGGAUGCAAAGAGAGCAACAGAGGUGAAGACGUUUUUUCGAGGGAGACAAAGAUACACUCUGCUAUAAAUGCUCCAUUCAGCGACGGGGGAAUAAUAACAGCAGCACGAGAGGGAAGGACGGGGGACGACGCAGAGAAGAUGGAUGUACAGACAGAGAACAUGGAUCCCUCGCCUUGUGAAUCAAGUGGAAAAAUGCGCAAAGGAUUCAAGUUGUUUGGCAAACGCAAGCCUGGUAGCAUCUUUUCUCUUAAAAACAACAAAUCACCUGUUACCAGGACCCAAACCUUUGAUGGAUUACCGGACAGCGCUGCACCUGAUUCAGAGUCUGACACGGACAAGGAGAAGGCACAGGGGGUGAGUCAAGGAGACGGCGAGCAUACAGAGGAGGAGCUGACGGGUGAGAUGGCUGCUGCUCGCAACUCCAUCUCGUCAACCGGCUCGGCCAAGUCCUUCAGUUUUUUUUCGCGGCUGAGAGGGGCCCGGCGAGGAGGCGGGGACCGCAGAGUCCAGACUGUUUCCCAGCCAGUGUGUCGGCAACGGCCAGGGCUGAAGAGUCUCUUUGGCAGUGUGAAGUUCCGCUCGAAAGACAAGGAGGACAAAGUGGACGCUCCCCCAAGCCCACUCCUCAUGUCCUCUCGCUCUAACAGUGUGGAAAUCAUCAAAGAAGACCUCAGCCUCACCCCUAAAUCUCAUCCUCGCUCUCUUGAGAGCCCUGAGAAAGCGAGCGGCGAGGCCACUCAGAACUCCCCGACAGCAGCGGGCAAUAUGAGAGAUGGGAAUGUGGCGUCUACGCUUCCUGGUGAGAGCAGCCUGGGCUCCUUGCUGGAAGACAUCUCCUCUCUCCUCACCUUUGAGUCCAUCUCAGGAGGAGACAUCAUGGCUGACGUGGAGGCAGAGUGGGGGAAAGCCAAAUGUGCUGCCAUGGAAGCACCUGAGGUCUCAGCGGCAACCACUCCGCACCUCUCCAGACCAGCUGCCGUCUCUCCACCAACCUCCACGUCUUCGCCUGUAGCCGCCCCCACUUCAACCUCUUCUUCUGUUGCAACACCAAUCCUGAGCACUUUUACCAAAUCCUCCACACUGACCAUUCAGGCGAUUAAACCAGGCUCAGACUCUACACCAACAUUUGAGCAACCUUCCACUGGAAUUACAAUAAAAUCUGCUAACAUUGAACCUUCAUUUACUCCAGUGACAUCAACAACUCCUCCCAAAAUGUCCACCCCUUCAGUAACAAUGAUGCCUACUACUACUACCACUUUGAUUAACCAGAUGUCCGUGGACAAGACAAACCUUAACUCAUCUGUUGGCAAACUAGCUUCAUCGGACACUGCAGCACCUCAUCUUCAAAGCAUCACCUCAGUAAGUAAGCCUCCCCCUGUAGCUACUCCACCUCUUCUCCCACCCGUUAAACCUGCAACUCAAAGUCCACCCUCCCUUGCCACCUUUACCCAACCUGCCAACAGUUUCAACUUGCAAACUUCCUCUUACACCAAACCUCAAAGUGUAUCCGCAAAGGUUGAAUCUACUCUCAAUACCGUACCUCCUUUCAUUUCCACUGUAACAACGGUUACGCCAUCAGUGCCAACUGUUUCUAUACCUGCACAGUCAGGAAACUCCAUCCCUUCGGAUUGUGCCCAACCUGAGCCUAGCCCACCCAGGGCUAAACAGCCUCUUGUAUCUUUGGAUACCACUAAUCAUGCAAUAGGUCAGAGUCUAGUCUCCCAGUCCAAAACCCCUUCUAUACCCCUGGCUGUAUCUAAAGACCCUCCUGUUCCUGCAUGCGUCCCGGUGUCUGUAGCUGCUCUGUCUGGCAUGCCAACUUCUAUUGACCCUUCUGCCUCAGCUCAUGUUCUAGUUCCAGAAUCUAAAAGCCCUACAACCCUGACCCAGGUUCCAGUUCCAGUGUCAAAAAUCCCUCCUGUCCAGCCCCAUGAUCCAGUUGCAGUGUCAAAAAGCUUUCCUGUUCCUGCUCACAUCCCAGUUACUUCACCCAAAUCCCCCCCUUCCCCUCUCACUUCCCUUCCUACUUCCCCUGUGCCUUUGCCAAGUGAAGCUGCAGCAUCUAACAAGAUGGCAGCAAGUGAGCCGACAAAUGGGCAGUUGUCUAGUCCGAGUAGCACAGAAGGUGCCAAAAUGGAGGAACACCUUAAUGGGUCACGCAUGGACCACUCCAAAGAAAGGAGGACACAAGUAAAGGCACUAAGCAAAAUCCCUGUAGUUGGAGGAAGCCGAGCAGCAAAGCAACCAGUACGGGACAACCAACACGCUGAGGAUGAAUCGAGCGGGGACCCACCUACUCCUGUGCUAGAACAGGAGAGGCCUCUCUUGGACUUCCGUGAUACAGAGAGCAGAGACAAAGGUGUCAGUGUUGAGAUCCAUGUGCCCAUCACUAAACACAGCCAGGAGGGGAGUCAGCUGCCUCACCAGUCCAAACCCUCCGCCAAUGUACCACGUGACUCCAAGAUCCCUGUCAAGCAUGGCGCCUGUCAAAUCCCGAUAGCUAAAGAAGUUCCUCGCACCAAGAUACCUGUCUCCAAGGUGCCGGUCCGCAGAGUUGGGAAUAAACCGCCAGCUUCUGGUGUAACAAGAAAAUAAAAAUUCCCCUCCAUAACGUCACUCCUGUAUAUGUUGGUUUGUCAUCUACUGGCUUCAUGAGACAACACAAAGGAAAGAUGCCAGCACUUGAGCACAAACAUCUCCACAAGCCUGACUGGAACCUGACAAGGUUCAGGGUUGAACAGCAACAAACAACAAGGUAAAACAUCGCGGUGCAGGAACAGGAACAGGAACUGGUUGUGUGAUUUUCCUACAGACUUUAAUUCAGUCUUUUCUACAGUAUUUUAAACUUUUGUUACACAUGCUUUUUGUAGAGGAUGCCAAAUCCUUCCUUUUGUUCUUUGUUGACAUCCGGAGCAGCUCCAAAAUAUACAUUCCACACCUAUCUCUGAUGUAUGUAGCAGAAAAUGUGCCAUUUUGUUUGUUUUUGCGCUGGUCCCAAUGUACAUCCCCUUAUGUGUUUGCCUGCGCCAAUGUAACAUGGCUACAUCACAAAGGGAGAGAUUUUGAAAGAGGACGUGGAAGUGACUCAGUCGUCGGCCAUUAUUAAUGGUCCAGUGGACAUAUGAGAGGAUGCAGAGAUGAGGCCUCUGCCUCGUGUAUGAACACGUACCCUCAUCCCACUUAUGCUCAGAUGAUCUGUGUGCAUAGUCUUAACUAUGUCGUUUCCUAUUUAAUCAAUAAAAUGAUAUGUGUACUUACAAAGCGGACAUCUGUAUGAUUGGAA